AUGCAGGAGACACGUGGUUUUGGAUAUGACAUACUAUUCGAGAUACUAGUAUUGCUUCCAGCUAAAUCUCUCUUGCGAUUCAGGUCAGUUUCUAGAACUUGGAACAGUUUGAUUCGAGACGAUCCUGACUUUGUCAAGUUGCACAAUGCUCUUUCUCAAUCACGUCCCCUAGCCACCCGCCUCUUAUUUGAACUAGCAUUAAGAUCACGCUAUCAACGUGAUGAUGUAGAAAGCACUUAUAAUUCCCCAACGCAGCUUGAAGGAUUUCCUUUACAACUCGUGUAUGCUCGUCAAUAUUUAGACUCAAGAGAGAAAGAGAUUGUUAUUUGCUCAAAUCAUUGCAAUGGCCUCGUUUGUCUCUAUAGCUACGAAGAUUCUCAAAUACACUUGUAUAACGUCACGACAAGGGAGAGAAAAGCCUUGCCAUUUACUUUGAAGAGUCCGAAAGGAUGGUGUCCUGUGUUGUAUUUGGGAUUAUACAGAAAAAUACAAAUUGCUUUAUCGCAAGAAAAAACUACAUUAUAA